CCGAGUUAGGAGCGGUACGCAUUUCCCGCCAAGGUUGCCGUGCUGGAUUUUUUUCAAUCCAGAUCUGGUUCCUUGUUGGGUUUCUUGGGGUCUUUUUAUUUUAAAAUUUAAUGAAAUCUAAGUUUUUCUAUACAUUACAUUAUAUUGUAGGUGUUAGAUUAGGUACAGAUAAUUUAGUUUAAAACUGAUUUAUGGUGUUUUGCCACCUGGGUUUUUUUUUUUUUUUUUUUUUUGUAGAAUCUGGGUUUAUCUGAGCGCGAAAUCUGGUUUUAGGAAUCCCCGCUGGCAACCCUGAUAAAUAGGAAUAAAAGGAGUUAUAGCGCCUUUGAUAUUCACACCAAGCGACCUGAGCAAGAUGAGGGAGCCAGAUUUGUACGAGGAAGAACGCAUUCAGCUCUCUGGGUGAUCUGAGACGAGGCAAGAUUUUUCAACUGACCUACUCAAAGUUGUUUUUGAGGAUAAAGUGGGCAGCAGCAAAGGGGCAGUUUUAGUUGUGAGCUUGUUGGAAUAUUCCAUUAUUAAUGACAUUUGUCGACAGAAAUGGCAUCCCCAGACUCAAAUCACCCUGAAAUGACCUUUGUAGGCUCACAUGGAACCCAACGAGUUAUACACCGUGUUGUGUUUUCAGACUGUCAAAAUGGAUUAGGCAUUAAAAUUAUUGGAAGCUGUCAAGAUCGAUCCAAAGAAGAAUAUGGAAUUUUCAUAAAGGAGAUAUUACCCGAGAGGAUAGCUGCUACAGAUCAAUUGUGUAUUGGAGAUUUGAUUUUAGAAGUGAAUGGCCAAAAAUUAUGUGGCGUAACUAAUGAAAGAGCUGUUGACAUAUUACAGAUGGCAUCGGCAACCAGUCGCGUGUCUUUGCUUAUUGCCCGAGAUGAAGAUGCAAAGAAAGAAUUUCUGGCCUUGAUGGAGAAAUACAGUUCACAUAGUAACAUAAACUCCAGAAGGAAUUCCCCAACGCAGCUCCUAACUGGGGCAUCUUCAGUGAGUCCUCCAUUAUUUCAUCCAAAGGACACUGUGACAAACCUUCCAGGAAGGCCUGCAGCGGUAACUUCCCUUCAAGCCACAACAAAUGACAGCAUAUUUCAGAUUAUCAGUGUUUCCAAGGAAACAGGUCUGGGCCUGCAGAUUGUAGGAGGCAUCGACAAGAAUGAAGGGCCCUUGGUGUAUAUUCUGGCAGUUAUUCCUGGAGGUGACUGUCAUAAGGAUGGUCGAUUGAGACCUGGUGACCAGCUUGUAUCUGUUGAUGGGGAAUCAUUGAUUGGAAUCAACUACGAAGAGGCAAGAAAUCUAAUCAACCGAACACAGCCAAGAUCAAAUACCUCUUGGGAGAUAACUUUCAUUCGACAUGAUUCUAGUCCUGAUGAAGUGGAAAAUAUGCAUGCAUUCUCCAGUCUACUAAGUUCAGAGAGGUGUGGACUACAGAAUGAUCUACCCAGUCCAACAUCGUCUUCUAAUGAGAAUGUUGCUGCCGAGAAGUCUGUCCUUAACAUGAUGAAAACUGGAUUCAAGAAAGAAGAACAAUUUUCUGCUUUUUUUACAGACAACAGUUCCAUUGAUGUAUCAGCUGGGGCUGUUAGCCCCUCCUGGAGAAUUGAUUAUGGACCGCAAAGGAAGAUUUCCCUCAAUCCCUCAGUUCGCCUCAAAGCAGAUAAACUAGAGAUGGCUUUGAAGUAUCUUGGGAUUCAGCCUACAGAAGAAGAGCAAGAAAUCCUAAGGAAACAGCUACCAAGGGAUUCUGAAGGAACAGUCUGUUUUGGAGAUUUUGUUCAGGUGGCAAGAAAUUUGUUUUCUCAGCAGCUGGAUGAGACUGGUCACAGCCCUAUUCAUGAAAUUGCUAAAUUACUAGAUUCACAGCUUGUAUCUUGCGAUCAUUUGGAAAGAUAUGAAAUGGAACAACUUAGGAAAGAGAAAAAUGAAGCUUUGAAAGAAAUAUGUCAACUGAAGGAAGAAUUGGCAAAGUCAGAAUGUGUGAGAAAACAACUAGCUGAAGAGUUGCGGAUUACCAAACAAGAAGCCAAGGCAUCUGUGGAGGAGGCGAGAACCUUACGAAGCAGAAUCCACCUCGCAGAAGCUGCCCAAAAGCAAGCUCGUGGAAUGGAACUGGACUACGAGGAAGUAAUCAGUUUGUUGGAGAUAGAAAUCACCAGGCUGAGGGCUCAGCUGGCUGAUCACGGUGGUGGCCAAAAUAAAGAGAGUAUGCAAGAUUUAAGGAAGAGGAUUACUGUGCUUGAUUGUCAAUUAAGAAAAUCUGAAACAGCCAAGAAGACCUUUGAGGUGGCAACUGAAAAAUUGCUAGAAUUUGUUGAGACUGUACCCGAAAUACUAUUGCAUGGCAGUAGCCCUCCAGUCACUUUAAGUGACAGGAAAGCCACAAUCUCUUCAAAAAUGCUCCUUGCACAUCUGGGACGGAAUGGCCACACUCUUGUGGCAUCUCUUGCAACAGAAGCCAAAGAACUUGCUAGAUCUGUCCGGUCCAUUCUAGAAGCAGAUUGUCUGCCUUAUGGGUGGGAAAAAGCGUAUACAGCAGAUGGAAUCAAAUACUUCAUCAAUGUUUCCAUCCUGUGCCCUCAUCAGAAGAAAGAAAAUCCACUAGGGAGUACUUGCAAAAUUCCUCCUCUUCCUCCUCCUCCUCCUCCUCCUCCAUCUUUUGGUAUUUUCUUCUUUAGCUGUCUUUUAUUGGCACUCACACCAAGGAGAAGAGGGUAGAAGAAUUCCAAAACCUGACAGACCAGUAUAACAGAACUAAAAGGUGAGAUGUCAAAAGCACAAGUACAUCCCAAAGCCAUAAUUGCUGUAGUUGGGAGGGGCUGUCACACAAGAGGAAGUGAGUCAAACAGGCUAGUGAUAUGCAUGUGUCACAAUGCAGGUUCAGCAAAGCUUUACCACAAGUCUGUUUCCCUGUUCAGCUUCUGUCUCUUUCCGCCUUGGAUGGUCAUCAACCAUGCAAAGGUUUAGUGACAAUCAAACAGGAAAAGCAAACUCUGCUUGCUUUUUGCAUCCAUCAGGAUAAACAACGUGAAAUGAUUAGAAAAUCUCAGCCAGCACACAAACUGUUAUGAAAAGGAUGUGCUGUCCGCACUAGCAAUUUAUAAUAUCAUCCAGCCGCUCUAUGGGAUGUCGCGAAGGAAAACAAACUUUGUAUUGCCAUAGUGACAUUUGGGUAUCAUUAUAAAUUAAUAAUGCUGAAAUGCACAAUAAAAAGUGCAACACUUGGGAUAACAAGGAUUAGGCCAUUCUUGUAGGACUGUGAGCUAGUGGGAGAGUUCAGAAUUGGUUUAACACGUUCAUGAACUUCAUAAAUGGUUUUCCUAGUUCCCAUACAGAAAUAGCAGGUUGUUGCCAUUUUCUGUUUUCCCCCCAACUUACCAAUAAUUCAUAGCAGAGCUCCUAGAAACCCCAUGGCCAAAGAAAAGGGGGUCAUCCCCACCUCUUAUUUUCAUGAAGAAAAUAAUCUGGAGGAAAAAACACUCCAUUCUGAGGGUAGGCAGCCUCCAUUCCGAGGAACAUAGGCAGUCCUUGGCCUUACCUCAAAAGCCCUAUGCUACAAAUUAGUUCAGAUCUUUGGCAAGAGAAAUCUUGUCCUGUUCCAGGGACUUACUGGGUGGAAAGAAGAUGGAGAAAAGGAUGGGGAUAGUAGGAAGACAGAACAGACUCUACCCAUCUUUUGACCCUAGUAUUGUCUAUUGCCAAUGCAGUCUCAAACGUAUUUCUACCAAAAUUGUAUAGCCCACUAUAGAUAUAAAUUGCUUGCCUUAUGCCACUAAUCUUUAUCAUGAGAAGAUUGGUAGCUCAUAGGGAAAAAUCAACCAUAACCAAAUCCUCCAGUGGCUGUCACACACCAAUUCUCAUUCGUUUUCUUUAAGAUUUGUAGAUAUCUACAAAAGAGGGUUAGAAAGGUAGAAGUUCAAUGCCAGUCUGUAGUUCUUCCCACUAAUUCGUCUGUGGAAUCAAAUGCAAUCUGCUCUUCCUACUGUAUAGACACAAGUCUUGCACAAUUAGAUGUCUCAGCAAGGGAGAUAGUUCAGAUAUUCUAUAAAAAUACAAAAGCACUGGAACAUACCAUGCAGAAAUGAUAUGACAAACGAUAUGAAACAGCUCUCGAGAUACUGGGAUUUUCACUGUUCAUUGCAAAGACUAGCUUUUAAAGAUGCUUCUUUCCAGGUCAUACUGCAUUUGUGUAAUGUUAUUUUUAUUGGAAUUUGUGCCUGUAGCAUAGUUGCUUGUUCUUUAUUUCAUUCUUGGAUGAACUAUUCGGUUUUUUUCGUUAAAGCCAUUGUAAGCCUGGACAUUUUAAUUUAUUGUGUUUUUUUUUAUUCACCAUAUUACAAAAAAUACAGCUUCUUUUUUCUUUUCUUUUUCUAUUUUGUUUUGUCUGUUUGUUUGUUUGUUUUGGCAGCUUAAAAUUUGGCCCUGGCAUUUGCUAAAGAAAGAAGAAAGAAAUCCAUUAGAACCUCUUCUUUCAAAUUCACCCUGAGGGCUCAACUGUUCUCGGUAGCAUAAUGCAGUGGUUGGCAUAUUUCCAAAGGAUCAUAAGGUUUCAGUGAAACCAAAAGAUAAAGCAGCCACACAUUCAGUUAUUAUUCUGGGGAGAAAAAACAAAUAAUUUUUCAGGUGAAUAUUCUCACCCUUGUGAAAUAGUGUGAGUUGCAUCCAUGUAAUGGCUUCAUCCUGCUUGACACCAAGAACCCUCUCAAACUCUCACUGACAUGCCUUUAAUAUCAUCAGCUGCUGUCAAAAUCAUACCUUUAAAACCUCCAUCAAACAAAUUUUAUAACUGUUAACACAAAGCCAUUUCCACAAAUCUCAAAAGACACUUUCCAUCAUAUAGUGAACUUUUGCAGACAAAAAAAAGGUGGUGGGGGGGGGCAUGGAACCUAGUUGGGUUGCAGCCAGUAAAGCACUUGAGGACUUGAAAGCAACCAAGACACUUCAGUAUUUCAUUAGAUAAGAAAGAUUGAAAUUAAACUCUUAUAGAGCUGUUUACAAAUGCCUGCUUGGCAGUUUCAGAUGGCAAUCUGAGACAGUCACACCAGAAGGUUCUUGGCAGUAGAAUUCAAAAACCACAAGAGGGUAAUGCAUCUCUUUUUACAUCUAUCACUUUUGUAUGAAGCCUAUCAGCUCAAUUAAUUAUGCCAUUCAGAAUUCAAUUUGCAAUUCUAAUAGAGUUGCACACAUCGCGCGCACACAAACACGCACACACCUUUACCUUCUUUCUCCGUCUCUUUAGAUAGCUUUCAGAGAAAGAUAAAUUCAUCACCAACCAGAGAAGAAGAAAUCUAAUCAUUCCUAAUUUUCUUGCCUUUGCCAUCCGUCGAUCAACAAUAUUGACAGAUGUUUUGCAUAAGGAUCUAGCACAUCUGCCACAUUGGCUUAAAGACUUAUUAUCCAAAGGCUGCUCUCACAAGUGUGCCAACAAAGCUAAAGCAAGAUACACAGAGACAUUCUCCAUCAAACAUGAGACAACUAUUUACUUGCUGUUUCAUUCAAGAGUUCAAGGUGGUUAACACAUUGUUCCCUCAUAUUUUCCCCCAUAAUUGAAUUUGAUUGAAUUGUAAAACAAUGCCUGGUCCAUUUAAUGGCUGGGAGUGGACUAGUUGUUGGCUUUCCCUGGUGCCUAUCCAACACUUUAACCAUUUCACCAAAUUGGCUCGACAUGAUAUUGUAUGACUGAGGGACAUUAGCUAGUUGAUUAAGGAAGUGCUCAGAAGCUUAAAACAUACCAAUUAAAAUAAAAGCAGAAAUAAAGCAGGUAAGCCAAGCAUUAACUAUUGGGCACUUCCAACGUUAGAUUGAAGAGGCCAGAAGUGUAAGGUAUUAUAGUCUGUGGUCAAUUACCACAGAGCCAUAAUCUCGUCAUUUAAGUGGGCUAGUUGCGCUGUGGGCUUAACCACAUUGGUAGCCAAAGCUGGCUCAUGCUCAUGAUUCAUUAAUCAUUUUACCGUACAAUCAAAGAGCAAAUUUAUUCAGCCAACUGAGGG